AUGCGCCUUGCCGCCACGCUCGCAUCGACGGUCGCAGCGGCCGCCUCGGUGGCGCUGGCCUGGGAGACGUCGCGCCAAGCCGCGGGUCAGGCAUACGACCUGGUCAACGACGCCGGCAUCUUUGGCGUGGCCACCCUCUCGACGCGGUAUGCCGACGACGUCGGCGACGCCUUCCUCCGCGGCCAGACCAUCUCGGGACCCGAGUACUACGCACCCUGCUUCGCCAACGGAGACCUCCUCUUCCUCGGUCUCAAGGUCUCACAGACCUGGCGCAACGUGCUCACGAGCCCGAGCAAGAACGCCACGGUCGCCAUCGCAUCCAACACCGACCCGGCAGUGCCCGACCGACGGCACUCGUCUCACGACGACCCAAGCCACCCGCAGUGGGAUCCGAAGCGGCCCUCGUGGCGGCGGGGCAUGCCGUCAAAAGGCCGGGCCACCUUCUUCGGCCACUUUGAGCUCCUCGACGAGACCUCGACCGCACCUGGCACGGACCGGGACGACCUCUCUCGCUGCUUCCUGUCCCACCAUCGCGACGCGAGCCACUGGGCUCCAGGCGCCAAAGAGUCGCCCCACGUCCCCUUCUGGGCCAGGUUUGUCGUCGGCCGCAUCUAUUGGGUCGGCGGCUUUGGCGACGAGCACUUUAUCGGCUGGCUCAGCCGCGAUCUGUGGACCGAGACGUGGCGCGCCAGAUCCCAGCACGCCAACGGCGUCGAGGGGUACCUGCAGCCUUCCGACGCCGUCGAAGCUCCGCUCGACGAGAUCAACCCUGCACUCAAUCCGCUGUCCCUGUUUGCAGAGCACGAAGCUGCAGGCCUCGGGCUGUUCUUUCAGUGA